AUGGAGAGGUGCACAGAAUCACCACCUACCUUGCAGGUAGAGCCUUCCUUUAUUCAGUCAGAGAAACUGAUUUUGCAGCCACAAAUGCAGCAUUUGACUAAGGAGGAACCUGCUCUGAGGGGUCAAGUCAUGCCUGCCUCAGGCACCCCAGUGAUUCCUGUACCCUGCUCACUGGAGCAUUUCACCCAAUUUCAUGGUGACCCUGCCAGUUUUUCAGAGUUUCUUGCUCAGGUUACUACCUACUUGACAGCUCUUCAGAUCACCAAUCCUGAAAAUGAUGUCCAGGUCAAGCUCUUUUUUGACUACCUAUCUCAGCAGAUGGAAAGUUAUGGGGUCAUAUCUGGGGCUGACCAGAGUACUAUGCUGAAGCAAUAUGAGAACUUUGUCCUUGAGUUUCAGAAGCAGUUUUGUGAACCCACAAAACAAGAGAUGAACUCUCUGGUGAAUGCUAAGGUUGAGAAAGGGGACAACUCUUCCCAGCAGGACACCACUGCUUUCCGACUCCUUGCUCAAAAUCUGAGCUGUAAUGAAAUCAGUCAGAAUGAUCAGUUCCAAGAGGGACUAGCUAAUCCCAUCCAGGAUGAAGAGAGUGUUACGGAUAUGAUGGAUAACCUCCCAGACCUGAUUACUCAGUGUAUUCAGUUGGACAAGAAACGUAGUGACAGGCCAGAACUCCUGCAGUCAGAGACCCAGCUCCCAAUGUUGGCUUCCUUGAUCCACAACCAAGCUCUCUCCAGUCCCACAUGUCUGCUACCCAAAGAAGAACCUAUACAGCUGCGGGGAGGCCAGCCACCUCUCACCCCAGCCAAACGAGCCCGCCAACAAGAAACUAAGUUGUGCCUCUACUGCAACCAAGCUGGUCACUUCACAAGAGAUUGCCUUGCCAAACGUUCUCGAGCCCCAGUGAGGGCAAAUAACCCAGCUCACCAGUAA